CAGCCGCUUGCGUCACCAUCUCUGACCUCGAUUUCUUUCUGUAUUGUUUUGUGAGCGAGACCGCGGCUGGAGGCGCCAUAUUGGAAGAAGAAAACGGUUCCAUAAAUCGCUAAAAACGUUAAAUCUGCAGCCAUGUUGUACCUGGAGGAUUACCUGGAGAUGAUCGAGCAGCUUCCCCUGGACCUGCGCGACAGGUUCACGGAAAUGAGGGAGAUGGACCUGCAGGUUCAGAACGCCACGGAUCAGCUGGAGCAGAAGGUGAUCGAGUUCUUCGUCAACGCCAAGAAGAACAAACCAGAGUGGAGAGAAGAGCAGAUGGAGGUCAUCAAGAAGGAUUAUUACAAAGCUCUGGAAGACGCAGAUGAGAAAGUCCAGCUGGCCAAUCAGAUUUAUGACCUGGUGGACCGUCACCUGCGUAAACUGGACCAGGAACUGGCCAAGUUCAAGAUGGAGCUGGAGGCCGACAACGCCGGCAUCACUGAGAUCCUGGAGAGACGAUCUUUAGAGAUGGACAGUCCAUCUCAGCCGGUCAACAACCAUCACGCCCACUCUCACACCGCCGCCGAGAAGAGGAAGUACAGCGCUCCGACUCACCACACUACAGAACACGUUCCAGAGAAGAAGUUCAAGUCUGAAGCUCUGCUGUCCACGCUCACAUCAGACGCCUCUAAGGAGAACACGCCAGGCGGCCGUACCAACAGCACGUCUUCGUCCACCAACAACGCGUACAGCGUGAACUCCUCUCAGCCGCUGGCCUCCUACAACCUGAGCUCUCUGCCGGCGGGGCCCGGGGCUGGCGCCGGCGCCAUCACCAUGGCUGCUGCUCAGGCUGUACAGGCCACCGCACAGAUGAAGGAGGGCAGAAGGACGUCCAGUCUGAAAGCGAGCUACGAAGCCAUCAAGAACAACGACUUCCAGCUGAGCAGAGAGUUCGCUCUGUCCCGGGACAACACCGGGUACUCGUCCUCCGCUCUGGCCUCCACCCUCACCCAGACCCUCACCCCCACCACCGCCUCCGACUCCAGAGGACGCAAGUCCAAAAGCAGCAUCAAGUCUUCCAACCACCAGUCCUCUUCAUCGUCCUCCUCUUCCUCUCUGUCGUCGUGCUCUUCGUCAUCAGCGCUGGCUCAGGAGCUUUCCCAGCAGGCCUCAGCGCUGCCCGAGGCUGAGGCCAACAGCCAAGUGGACUGGACCUACGACCCCAACGAGCCCCGAUACUGCAUCUGCAACCAGGUGUCUUAUGGAGAAAUGGUCGGCUGUGAUAAUACAGAUUGUCCCAUCGAGUGGUUCCACUACGGCUGUGUGGGUCUGACGGAGGCUCCCAAAGGGAAGUGGUUCUGUCCUCAGUGUACCGCCGCCAUGAAGAGGAGAGGCAGCCGCCACAAAUAGACUCAGCGCCGCCGCCAUGUUGGAUUUUAACCUCCUAAAACACACCACUGAGGUCAGAGGUCAACAGGCUGCUCACAAAACAAGACAACAACACUUUGUGCCAACAGAAAUCACCUGUUAUCCUCCAAACAUACUUUUUUUAUAUUUUAAAGCUCCAAAACUACUAUAAUUCUGCCUGAUUUUGUUUUUCUUUAAUAACUGUUUAUUCAUCCAGGUUUUAUUUGGUCAGAUUAAAGUCGGACGUGUGAAACUAAAAUCUGAAUCCUUUAUGUUCAAUGAUCAAUGUUCGUUUAACACUCUUUUCUCCUCUUCAUUCGUAUCAUAGAAAAGUAAAACUGAAAAUAACAUUGAUCUGGAUUAUUAAAGAUUAAACAUUAAUGUUUCACUCACAUUCACUGUGAAAUCCUACAACUACUCUGAAACAACUUGUUUUAAUGACUCAGAUGAAACGUUGAAGUGAAGUGGACCUCACACAGAGCUCACCUGGCCGGGGUCAGAGGUCAGACUGUCGGGGUUAGCUCGUCUGUUUAAAUCUUUCUCUCCCUGCUGUCACUGGAAAACACAUUCACUUAUGAGAUUAAUCAAAUUAAACUAAUUAAAAACUUACUUUAAUAAACACAUUUUCACACUUUCUAUCUUCAGAAGGUAAAUCUCAAAAUAUAAAUCAGAAAUAUUAGAUUUUGUCUAAAUUAUUUUCCUCUUAAUUGUAAUUUUAAAUAGAGUGGGAACGUCUUAUAGUGAUCAGAGAUCUUGGGAUGGAAGCUGAGGGUCCGGGCAGCAGAAGCCCGGUUGGUCACGUUUCGAUUUUGGAUAGAUGUGAAUUUAUUUAAUUAUUUAUUAUAAAAAUAACAAAUUGUGCAUCAGAAAUUUGGCAAAGAUCUUCCAAAUUAACAGGAAUUAUAAUCUCAGUGUGAACCUUGUUAAUGCAGCAACAAACUGGUCUAAACUUCAAAAGGAAUUCAAAUUAUAGUAUAUAAUGUAAAUAGUAUAUAACCAUUGAAUAGAUCGACCCCAUCGUCAUAGAUACCUGAUCCAGCUGUUUGAGUCAGUAUCGGCCUGAUAUCUGAUCCGGUAUCGGUUCAUCCCUAAAAUCAACACGCAUCUCGUGACGAAGAAUUUUGACUGUAUGAUAUAAUUUUCUUUAACAUCCAGAUUUUAACUUGUUAAAUUUUUUUAAAUGUCCAAAUUCUUUAGUUUCUGUCUUAAAUCUGAAAACAAUAAUCUCAGACUCCAUUAAUCUGAGUAUUCUCUCUAAAAACUACAAACAUGAGCUGUUGGACUACAACUACAGAAGUCUGAUUGAAAUAUGAGUCUCCUCUGACCUCGUAGAGAGAGAAGGCUUUCUCAGAGCAACCAUGUGUUUGUCCCUGUUCACACCUGGCUCUAGGAUGAGUCCUGGGUGAUCUGACCAGUAGUGGACCGCUCAGUUCACACCUGGUAUUCGACAGUGAUGGUUAGAUCUUCACACCUGUACCUACAGAUGUUGAUGCCAGGUGUGAACAGGGCCUCUGUCUGUUAUGUUUAAAAAGAAAAGGUCCAAUAAAAUGAUGUUUUGGUA